AUGGAUGCCGAUGUCGAUACGAUCGAUAUCGAUGAUGAUGAUGAUGAUGACAAUACUGGUAUAUUCAGCAUCGCCAAUGACUGCCACAGUGAGGACGAUGACGCCCUCACUGGUGAAAAAGACAGCGUUCUUUCAGUAGUGCACACGAAGCGCACUGCUGUUAACAAGGACGAAACAGCAUAG